AUGCCCUUACAUAUGACUGCCUUUCAGAGGUGCUGUGUGAGGCGCGUCACAAAUCUCUUUUAGUAACCGCGUUCGUGUGAACUGGAGAGCGCGUGCGAGCACCCCCUGCGUCCACGUGUUGGAACGGAACGGAAACUCCCAGCUGAACUUCUUUUAAAGUCCUUAAAACAAUGUGGUACGGCAUGGUGAUGCAGGCUCUGGUAAGAGCCAAUUCGGACAAACUGAUCCGCAUGAAGUUUGCUCCAAAAAGAUUACGAUCCACUGGAGCAUCGAACCGGCCGCAAGAGAAAGGCGAAGAGGCGCAAGCAGUAUGUCCGCUAGUUGAGAAACCGUGCAUGGUAGACUUGAUGAGCGAUGCGAGAAGACAUGCGGUCAGCCAUGGCAAGAAGAUCUUCAUCGAUUUUGAGAACACGCAGGAAGCGUACAAGAGCAAAGACACGCUCGAACUGUUGCGAAGUUUGCUCGUGUUCAAACUCUGCACGUUUGACUUCCUCGUGGAUAAGAACAAGGAGCUAAUGGACUUGAGUAGGAGGAUCUUAGGCCAGCGCCUUUUCGAGAAGUUGAUGAAGAUGACAUUUUAUGGGCAGUUUGUGGCAGGAGAAGACCAGGACUCUAUUAAGCCCCUGAUGCAGAAGAACCAGGCUUUUGGGGUUGGCUCGGUUCUGGACUACAGUGUAGAGGAAGACCUCACACAGGAAGAAGCCGAGAAAAAGGAGAUGGAUUCCUGUGUGUCUCAGGCUGAAAAGGAAAGCCAUGGUAUUGACCAUCGUGAGAAGAAGUACAAAGCCCAUCGUCAGUUUGGGGAUCGACGUGGUGGUGUGAUCAGUGCUCGUACAUACUUCUAUGCCGACGAGGCCAAGUGUGACCAUCACAUGGAGACCUUCAUCAAAUGCAUCAAAGCAUCUGCUGGCAGCUCUGUGGAUGGAUUCUCGGCCAUUAAGAUGACAGCUUUGGGUCGACCUCAGUUUCUGCUGCAGUUCUCAGAGGUGCUGGUAAAAUGGAGGCGUUUUUUUAGUUUGCUGGCAGCGCAGCAGGGGAAGGAUGGGAUGGCUGUACUGGAGCAGAAACUAGAGCUUGAGCAGCUACAGGAAACUUUGGCUAAACUGGGUGUGGCAUCCAAGAACGACAUUGAAAACUGGCUCACUGGGGAGAAGCUGGGCUCAUCUGGGACUAUUGACUUGUUGGACUGGAACAGCCUCAUCAAUGACAGAACAAAAAUUUCCAACCUGCUUGUAGUGCCCAAUAUGGAGACGGGUCAUCUGGAGCCUCUACUGAGCAGGUUUACUGAUGAAGAAGAGCAACAGAUGAAGAGGAUGCUGCAGAGAAUGGACAGUCUAGCCAAGCAUGCCGUUGAGAACGGGGUGAGACUGAUGGUGGAUGCUGAGCAGACCUAUUUCCAGCCAGCAAUCAGCAGACUGACUCUAGAGAUGCAGAGGAUCUUCAACCUGCACAAACCCAUCAUCUUCAACACCUACCAGUGUUAUCUUAAAGAGGCUUACGAUAAUGUGACUAUAGAUGUGGAGCUGUCACGGCGGGAAGGCUGGUAUUUCGGAGCAAAACUGGUUCGUGGGGCUUACAUGCACCAGGAGAGACAAAGAGCAGCUGAGAUUGGAUACAACGAUCCAAUUAAUCCUGACUAUGAGUCCACAAACAGAAUGUACCACAGGUGUUUGGAGUAUGUCCUGGAGGAGAUCUACCACAACAGGGUGGCCAAUGUAAUGGUGGCGUCACACAAUGAAGACACAGUUAAAUUCACACUGGAAAAGAUGAAUCAAAUGGGUCUUUCUCCCAGGGAAAACAAGGUCUAUUUUGGCCAGUUGCUGGGAAUGUGUGACCAGAUCAGCUUCCCUCUAGGUCAAGCUGGAUUUCCUGUGUAUAAAUACGUGCCGUAUGGCCCCGUGAAUGAGGUGAUCCCAUACCUGUCUCGCCGAGCUCAGGAGAAUCGUGGCUUCAUGAAGGGAUCACAGAGAGAGCGACACCUGCUGUGGAAAGAAAUCAAAUGCCGACUCCUUAAUGGCCAGCUUCUCUACAAGCCAGUUUACUGAAUCUCUGUCUGUUGCUCUCUCUCCAUCCCUCUCUUUUGUCUCAUCUUCUGUUGUCCUGAAGCAUGGCUCUCUUUCUCUCUCUCUCUCUCUCUCUCUCUCACACACACACACACGCACACACGUUUACUCUGACUCAAUACUAUAUCAUAAUAAGCACAGGUAAGAGGUUCCAUUGCUUUCACCACUAAGGGAACUUGGCCACAGUUGUAACAGUUUUUACUUCUUAGUCGAUUACAUAAAGUUGCUGUUAUAAAACUCUGAAAUUUCAGUCUGCACUGUUUGCUGCCAAUAAAUCCUGUCAAGGUUGGUGUGAUCAUAAACAGUUUGCAUGCAAUGUAGCAAAAAAGCAUGCCUGAUUACAACUGUAACAGAGAAGACUAUGAUAAUUGUAACCGUGAGAAAUAACUACUGAAAUCAUAGAUAUGUGCAAUAUUUUACUGGAAGCAGUUGGUUCAAAAUACCAUGUGUUUUACCAGCUAUCAGUUGUUGCAGGCAGGAAGAGGACAAUGAAGAGCAUGUAAAUGUAUUUUCCUCUUCUUAGUUACUCUGCAGUCUGAGAAAAAGGGCUUGUUACGUUUGUGUCAGACCUCCCCUACUUCUGUCUAGACAUCAAUUUUUAAAUUUUCCACAUCAAGAUAAUUGCCAAACCUUUUUUUACAGGUUAGGGUAAGAAUAGUGUUAGACAGGCUUGUGCUGAAUAUCUAGGACAAACAUCAUGCUAAUCACAUCAGUGCUGUGCUUUACUUUCAAAACACACACAUCAUUUUUUUUUUUAGUUCGUUUGUUCAAAAAAUCCACAAUUAGAAAGAUAGCCAAGGUAAAAGGAGGAAACGAACCCUUACACUUGCACACUCAAAGUGUACUCAAGCAGGUCAAGUGACUCAGUAUGCUGGUUGGAAAACCACUGUUAUCAUUCCACCUACAGGAAGCACUGCAUGCCUUCUUUCUCCCUGCCACUGUUUUUUAGCUGGGUUUUUUGUGUGUGUGUCUUUCUGUGUAAUAUAGCAUGCAGACUUUGGCAGUGAAUUUAGGUAUUUUAACUGUUUAAAUUAAAUUUCCUUAAUCUUACAUUUUAUUGAAGACUGUAUGUUUUUUUAACCAUUAAAAAACUUUUUGUGAACAUGGACAAUGACAGAAGUCGUUAAAAUAUUUAGCUGCAGCCCUGAGUCAAAAGAAUGUCUUAAAUUUUCUUUUAUAGUUGUAGCAAAUCUUUGGUCAUCAGACAAUGUAUUUCAAAGAACCAAAAUAAGUAAAAGCACUUUCAUCUAACAAGGUUUGGGCUUAUGUUUGGUUUAUGCAUAAUGAGCAGCUCUGAAAUGUAACUGGUUUAGUUUUUCAGCAUUAAAAAAAUCUAAAUAGUCUUUAGAUCCAUUGUUCUCAAAUUGCAGUCUAAUUCAAACACAGACAGGGGCCCCUGACUAUACUGCUUUUUAUUAAUUAAUUAAUUAAUUAAUUUAAAAAAUUCACAUGACAGUGAUAAAGAUUACUAUUAUCAAGGCUGUUGUGGUUGUUAUUUAGUUAUCAUAAGCUGUAAACCUAAUUGCCUGGUCACUUGAAAUGAGUUAAUCUAAAAUUCAGGAAUCCAAAAAACAAGUAGAAAUAAUGUUAACUUUUUAAUAUGAAACUGAAAAUUUAAAACUGGGAAGUACUGUUAAUAUGAAGUUUCAUGUCUGCGUUACUAUGAUGGUACAUAUUUGCUCUGUAGUUCUUAAAAAUUAAAUCUGUGAUCAUAAUAGAGUGCUUGGAAAUUCUUUUACUCUGGAGAAGGUCUUGCUGCAAAAAGUUUGACAACUCCCCCCUUAAAUGAUGAUAAGCUGUUUUGAUUACGACACUGGAAGCUAUGAUUAAUAUCAAUAAUAGCACCCACGUUUUGGACCAGUUCACUCUAUUUAAAAGACAACAGAGCUAUGUGAGGUAGCAUUUUCUGCAUUUUGACCUUAGAACCCACUUCAAGUAACUCAGUUUUUAUUCAUUCAUUCAUCUUCAGUAACUGUUUUUUCCUACAUGCUGGGCACUAUGCACACACGUUCAUACACUCAUUCCACAUUUAGAAUAGCCGACCUGCCUACUUGCGGGUUUUUGGGAACCUGCAUGUUUCAAUUAGCCAAAUGAAAUCACCCAUACCCACCAGAAGGGGGCACUAUAAUAAAUGAAUUUACCUUUUUUAGAUCUUGGGUUGCUCCAAGAUGGCGCCAAGUAUGGCCGCCGUGCUGCGAGCUCCAACCCAGUUUGGCAGGGUUUUUUUUUUUUUUUUUUUUUUUACAAUUUUUAUGUUUUUCAUGUUGGUAGCAGUCAGCCUCAUUGUCUAUGACAGACACUUUUAGAAAUUGGCACUGCAAUUGCAAACCAGACUUUGAGUUCCUCAACACUGACCCGCUGUUUACAAACACUGCAGCGGGGCCUUUGUGAAAGCACAGCCAGAAAAGAGGAAGGAGAGCUGGCAUCCUCAUCAGACUAAGACGCAGUGCUAAUCAACCCCCACAACCCAGCAUUCUACUGGCAAACAUUCAAUCUCUGGACAACAAGCUCUGCAAGCGGAGAGUGCGGAUCUCCUACCAGUGAGAGACUGACGCAUUAUCUGCUUCACAGAAACCCGGAUGUCUGCGGAGGUUCCAGACUCAGCCAUCGAGCUCACAGUGUUCUCUGUGCCCAAUGUGGACAGGGCAAAACACCUCUCAGGGAGGAGAGGUCUUUGCAGAAGAGGGAGUGUAUGUUUUAUGAUCAACAACUCAUGGUGUGAUCGGAGGAACAUGCACACUAUUAAGUCCUUUUGCUCCCCUGCCCUCAUAUAUACCUCAUGCUUUUAUGUCAUGUCAUGGUGGUUAUUAUUACAGCUGUGUACAUUCCUCCCCCCAAUCCGACACAGACCAGGCACCGCAUUCAUUGUGGCUGGGGACUUAAACAAAGCCAACCUCAGAACAACAACUCCAAAAUAUUUUUAACACCUCACAUGUAAUACACGGUGGGAACCGGGUUUUGGACCAUUGCUACUUUCUCUUCCAGGAUGGCUACAAAUCCUUCCCCCACCCACCUUUCAGCAAAUUGGAUCAUUUUUCCAUCCUGCUCCUGCCUGUUUACACACAAACGCACAAACCUCUGCCAGCUAUGCCCUCCGUAAAACCAUCAGAACAGCAAAACGCCAGUACAGAGUACAAGAUAGAAACACUGUUCAACACCACUGACACAAGAGACAUGUGGCAGGGAAUUAACAUCAAAGACUUUAAGAGAAAUAAACACUCUGCUGUGAACAAUGCUGCCUCUCUUCCAGACAAGCUUAAUACUUUUUAAGCCUGCUUCAUGGCAAACAGCUCCGCCCCCACAGAGAGAGCUCCCAUGGCCGAUGUUGCAGAGGUUAGUGUACUCUCUCUCUGUAGUGGACGUAACCUGAUCCUUCCAACUGGUGGAUAUCCGCAAGGCCGCGGGUCCAGACAGCAUCCAACUCUCCCUGUCUGUUGUCCCCACAUGUUUUAAAUGUCCACCUAUGGUCAGCUAAUCUAACGUCACCUGCUUGAAUGAAUGGAGCCCUGUUGCUUUGACCCCCAUCGUCAGCAAAUGCUUUGAGAGGCUCAUCAGAGACUACAUCUGCUCUGUGCUUCCUGCCUCCCUUGAUCCACCACUUUGCUUAUUGUAACAACCGAUCCACUGAUGAUGCCAUUGCCUUCACCGUACACACCGUUCUCUCCCACCUUGACAAACAGAACACGUGAGAAUGCUGUUUGUGGACUACAGCUCAGCAUUCAAUACCAAUGUGCCCUCCAAGCUUUACUAGAAACUACGGGCUCUGGGCCUAGCAGCUACUUGUCCAGCUAGAUCCUGGACUUCCUGUUAGACAGACACUAGGUGGGCAGAAUUGGCAGCAACAAUUCCUCUACUCUGACCCUUAACACUGGGGCCCUGCAGGGCUGUGUUCUUGGCCCUCUCCUGUACUCCUUAUACACCUACAACUAUGUGGCCGCACACAGCUCCAGUGUCUUCGUCAAAUUUGCAGAUGACACAAUGGUGGUAGGUCUGAUCACCAACAAUGAUGAGACAGCCUACAGAGAAGAGGUGAGCACUGUGACACACUCGUGCCAGGAAAACAACCUCUCACUCAACAUCAAAAAUACAAAGGAGUUUGUGGUGGACUUAGGAGACAGGAAAGGGAGCACACCCCCAUCACCAUCGACAGGACCCCAGUGGAGUGGGUCAACAGCUUCAAGUUCCUCUAUGUUCAUUUCACUGAGGACCUCAUUUGGUCUACUCACACCGAAGUAGUGGUGAAGAAAGCUCACCAGCACCUCUUCUUCCUCAGACAGCUGAGGAAGUUUGGUAUGAGCCCCAACAUCUUCAAAUCAUUCUAGACCUACACUAUGGAGAGCAUACUGACUGGCUGCAUCAGUGCCUGGUAUGGGAACAGCACCGCCCUCAAAAGCAAAGCUCUGCAGUGAGUGGUGUGGACAGCCCAGCACAUCGUGGGAGGUGAGCUUCCUUCCUUCCAAGACAUCUACAUCAGGCGGUGUGUGAGGAAAGCACAGAGAUUAGAAACUACAGCCACCCGAACUAUGGACUGCUCUCACUGCUACCAUCAGGCAGACGGUAUCACAGCAUCGGAUCAACAGCUUCUUCUUACAGGCCAUCAGACUGUUGAACCACAACCAGUAACACCACCAGAAGCACAACCCACUUUAUCUUCCAUGCACUGCACUUUAUCUUCUACACUUACAUUACACUGGACUUUGACUGAUGGAUAGACUGACUCUGACUGUCCUUGUACUGUUUGUGCAGUAUCUCCCACUGUGUCCCUUUUUGACUGCUUACAAUGAUUACAGUUUAAUAUUGUUUUAACUGGCUUAGAGGAUAUUAAUAAUCUUGCAUGGUCUUUUGUCUGUGUUCAGUGUUUACAGAUUGCGACUUUUGUACUUUGUAUGAGUUCAUUAUCAUUUUUGCACUGUGUCUGGGUAGGUGUGUGUAGCAGAAGAAUUUCAUUGUAUAUAGAUGCUUAAAACACUUUAUGCGCAUGAGAUUAGACUUCAAUAUCUUCACAACUGUAGGGAAUAGAGUAAAAAAAUAGCAUAAAAUACAAAAUCUAGCAAAUAGAAAGUUUGCUGACAAAAACAUACUAAAACAAUUUUGAUUGGCCAAACCUUUUGACCACUACAGGUCAAAGAAAUUUUAGGCCAUUGCAUGUAUGUAUUAAAAGAGACGUAUCUUCUGAUUGCAAAGUCAAAUUUCUACGACCUUAAUACCUGGUCAGUAGGACACUCGAUGGUCACCCCUCAAAUUUCAUAACAUUUGGCCCAUAGGGGGCGCUAUAACUAAAAAUGCAUAUAUCUUCUCAAGAUGAAAUAUACUAUGCUUUUUCUUGGUCAGAAUUGAAAGCUUUUGUCAAGUUAUUUUUCUUAUUAAUACAUUUGGGAAAGAAAUAUAGCUUACCAAAAAUCUAUAUUCUUGGACCCUGGGCUGUGUGUUUGUCUGCAUACAUCACCAGGAAAAGUGAGAGAUGGGAGUCUAUGUUUGUUCUCAGCUGAAAUAAUCGUGUUUUAAAGAGGCUGUGGUCCCUUUAAAUGGGUUUCACUGGACUGACUGAGUGUGAUAUUCACAAGUGCCAAACUCAGUGCCAAAAUCAGGCAGGUGCGGUGAGCAGAAGGGGUCAGGAUCACUGGCAUCUCAGGAGUAGGUGUGUAGCUCAGCAGAGAGAGAGAGAUUGUUUGGUAAGCUUUUGUCUUGUAAUGGUUAAGGACAAUGUACUUUGUGUGCAGAGUGCAAGCAGGGACUCCAGCAAGAAUAGCUGGUACAGCAUUCAUACAUCCCAGUUUACCACAACACACUAUGCCUGUGAACCCUCCAGACCUGCUCCUUUACCUAAGAAAAAACUAUUCACAAAAGACUUGACUAAACAAAUAUGUUUUCAGCCUAUAUUUAAACACUGAGACUGUGUCUGAACCCUGAACACUAACUGGAAGGCUCUUCCAUAACUAUUGGGGAGAAAGAUUUACCCCCCUGCUGCAGCCUUCACUAUUCAAGGUACCAACAAAUAGCCUGUACCUUCUGAUCGAAGUAGGAGUGGCGAAUCAUAAAAGACCAAAAGUUCACUCAGGUACUGUGGUGCGAGACCAUUCAGUGCUUUAUAGGUCAAUAGUAGUAUUUUAUAAUCAAUAUGAAAUUUAACUGGAGCUUGUUUAUGCAUCUACUGGAACGUCCAGACAGCAAGGCAUUACAAUAAUACAACCUAGAGGUACUACAUUCCUCUAACUAACUUCUGCAUCAUGAAGUGGCAUUAUAUUCCUUCGCAAUAUUUCUGAGAUGAAAGAAAGCUACCCUAGUAAUAUUAUCUACCUUACCUUCAAAUGAAAGACGCAGAGGCAUAGAGAAGUCACCAUUUACACUAUCUACAAACUGAACCUGAGCCAGGAGAGGGCCGUUCCCUUAACGGCUACAACAUUUUCUAGUCCGUCGAGGAGAAUAGCAUGUUCAAUGGUAACAAAAGUGGCACUAAGGUCAAGCAACACAAGCAAGGAGAUGCAACCCUGAUCAGAGGCCAGUAGUAGGUCAUUUACCACUUUAACCUGCGCUGUCUCUGUGCAAUGAUGCCUAAAUCCUGACUGAUACAUUUCAUGAAUGUUAUUUGUAUGUAGGUAUGAGCAUAGCUACUAUGCUACAACCUUUUCUAGGAUCUUGGAGAUAAAGGGGAGGUUUGAUAUUGGCCUAUAGUUAGACAGCUGACAGGGGUCAAAGUUCAGUUUUUUAAUCAGGGGUUUUAUAACUGCUAGUUUAAAAGAUUUAGGUACAUAGCCCAUGCUAAGGGAAGAGUUGAUUAUUUUUAGAAGUUUGAUUGUUUCUGGAAUUAUCUGUUUGAAGGAACAUGUAGGUGAGGGAUCUGGUAUACAGGUUGAUGAUUUUGAUGAUGAAAUUAGUGAAAUUAGUUCAGUCUCUCGAAGGAGAGUAAAAUAUUCUAAUCAUUGAUCUGAUAUCAAUGUAUUAUUAUCUACAGGGUUAUAAAACUGUCAGGUUUUAAAUUUAUAGUAUGAAUUUUUUGCCUGUUAUUUUUAAUUUUACCACUGAAAAAAAUCAAGAAGUCAUCACUGUUGUAUAAUGAUUGUGUGCAUGUUUCUAUUGUGGUCUUAUUCCUAGUCAAUUUUGCUACAGUAUUAAAUAAGAAUCUAGGAUUAUUUUUGUUAUCUUCAAUUAAGGUGGAGAGAUACAUUGAUCUAGCAGCGUUUUUCUAUAGCUCAGAAGGCUCUCCUUCCAUGCUAUUUGAAAUACUACCAAUUUAAUUUGACGCUUUUUACAUUUUAAUUUUUAGAGUGGUCUGUUUUAAGGUGCGUGUCUGAUCAUUAUACCAGGGUGCUAGCGUUUUCUCUCUAUUUUUCUUUUAAGUGGAGCUACCUUAUCUAACGUGUAGCAGAACGUUGAUUCUAAGCAUUCAGUUGCCUGGUCAAGUUCUUUGGGAUUAGACAGUGAUGCAGUCAUGGUUGGUAAAUCUGGGAGAUUACACGAUAGGAUGGCAAGGUGCAUAUAUUAUGAUAAAGAUAUAUUUUAAAUGAGAUAGCUUCAGACUGUGGAAAUGUGACUAUAUUUUCCAUAUUUAAUCCGAAUGUUAGUAUUAAAUCAAGUGUGUGACCACCACUAUGAGUGGGUCCUAUUACAUUCUGAUUAACCCGUACUGAAUCUAUUGGACACAACUGCUGUUCUCAGAGGGUCUUAUCAAAAUGAAUAUUGAAGUCUCCAACAAUUAAUGCUUUGUCUAAAGAAACAACCAGGUUAGAGAUGAAAUCCGCAAAUACACAAAGGAAUUCAGAAUAUGGCCCUGGGGGUCUGUAAAUAAUAAUUAGUGGAAUCAUCUGGGUAGACUUAUUUUUUGUGGCUAUGUAUGUUAUGUUGGUAUAAAGAACUUCAAAUGCAUUGAAUUUGUGACUAGGUUUUUGUGUGACGCCUAGUUUAUCAUUAUAAAUAACUGCUACACCUCCUCCUCUGCCAGGUAGAUGGGGCUGAUGUAUGUAACUGUAUCCAGGAGGACUAGCUUCAUUUAAUGGUACAUACUCACUAGGUUUAAUCCACGUUUCUGUUAAACACAAUACAUUAAACUCCUGAUCAGUAAUAGUUUCAAUAACAAAAAGCGCUUCAGAUGUAAGAGAUCUACUAUUCAACAGUCCUAGCUUCAGAUUAAGGGUGCUGGCUGUGCAUUUGGUUUGAUUUAAUUUUAUGUUAAAUAGGUUACUAAACUUUCUGAGUAUUUCUAUGUUUUUGUUUAUCUCGGGGAACAGACACAGUCUCAAUAUGUUGGAACCUAAGUGACGACUCAGUGAACCUAGCAGAUGGUCGGUUUAGCUUUGGCUCAGGAAUACUUCUGGCAUUAGUAUUGUUGUUACAUUGAAUUCUUUCACUACUUUAUAUUUAAAUUGUGCUGUUGUCUUAAAAAAAAUGGAUGUAAUGUGUUUUUAUGGUGUGUGUUUUUGUCAUUUAUAUUUAUUUAAUAUAGAGCUGCACUGUUUUUCGUAGUCUGUCCCCGCCGACUAAGGAUACAGUUCUCUACAGAGUAUAUAGAGACCACGUUCCAUUUAGUUCGUGUUUUGCCUGAAACUGAGGCAUAAGGAUGCUCAGGUUCAAGAAAAUUUGACACAAUGCACACAUUAUCUAUUAGUAAACAAAAAUAUGAAUCCUUUACUCACUUUUUAAAGUUACCAAUAUGAAAGGCUAUGGUUUGGGAAUAACUGCAAUGCAAAAUAAAGUCUUUAUCUAAGUUUUCACAUUUUAGUCCUGCUUUUUUUUAACCAUUUUUACAUCCCAGCUAAAUGUCUGAAGAAAAUGCUGACCUUUACUGAGGUCAAGCCACGUUCUGUAUCUGCUUCAAAAUCUCAGUUUGACGCUCAUUGCAUCACCAAUCCUAUCUACGGUUAUUUUAAAUAGAUUAAAAUCUGUAACAUUAACUGUAUUCUCCUACAUGAUAUUUUUUCCAGAUGGAGCACAUCAUGACCUAAACGUUUCUGCACAGAACACAUACAGUUAUACAGUCAUGUGCAUGAAGUGACUCAAGGUUCCCUUUUUGUUCUGCUCAGUUCAAUUUCCACCUUUACUAUAUUUAGGGCCCAAUCACUGAAAGUGCACAGUUUUCCUAAGGAUUUUUUCCCCAAAGGUUUCGGGGACUUUUGGGGCCCUUAACAUGCUCAAAAACUCAUGAAAUUUGGCACAUGUCAGAGUCAUCAGCCAUUAGACUCGGGCAAAGGGUAGCAAAGGGUAGCUCUGCAGCGCCCCCCUUUACACCGUACAUUACCUUGGUGCACAUAUCAUACAUAGUUGUAUGUAUAUGUCUGAAACUCAGUACACAUAUUGUUCUCAUCGACCCGAACAACCUUCGCACUGACAAACAUUACCUCCGCCCAACAGGAAGUCGGCCAUUUUGGAUUUUGUGAAACAUGCAUGCAGUGAACUUUUAAAUACCUCUCCUAGGGGAUUCAUGUGAUUGUCACCAAACUUGGUCAACAUUAUGCCAAGACACUGAGGAUGUUAAAUUGCGAAGGGAAUUUUGAUAUCUCAAACGGUUUCACCAUGGCAAGGCAAUGAAUUUAUGGCAAAAAAGGGACACAGGAAGUGUCUCAUAACUUCUGAGUGCAUUGAGUGAUUUAGAUGAAACUUGAACUGUAUGUUUGGCACUGGGGGCUGAUCAAAUUGUUUUGGCUAUUUUGAAUCACAGUCAUAGCGCCACCAACUGGCAGUAGGAAGUGUGUGACUUACAACAGACUUUGCAAUAAUCUUCUUAUAUUUAUCCAAAUCACCUCAAACUUGGUCAGACUAAUGCCAAGACAUGGCUGAUGUAAAAUUGUGAAAGGAUUUUUGAUAUCUUAAAUAGUGUUGCCAUGGUAACACAUUUAUACAUUAAUACUGUUUUCAAGUGUUUUUGAGGCUUGCAGCAUGCUUAUAAUUUCAUGAAAGUCAGCACACACGACAGAGUUGCCGGCUGUUAGGGCUAGGCAAAAGCUAAGACAUUGGCGUUGGGGGGGAGGCUCUGUAGCACCCCCUUUGACUGAAGUGGUGGGGUCAGUUUUACCUACAGUCACCAAAGUCGGUACAUAUAUUGUUCUCAUCAAGCCGGAAAACUUUCAAAAUGACAGUCGUUGGCUGUCGGUUAUUUUGGAUUUAAUGUGGAUUUUUUGAAAAUUGCAGGCACUGAACUUUUAAAUACUCCUCCACGGGGAUUCAUGCAAUUCUCACCAAAUGUCAACAUUAUGCCAAGACAUCAAAGAUGCUAAAUUGCAAACAGAUUUUUGAUAUCUCGAUUGGUGUGGCCAUGGCAAGGGAUUAAAUUAAUGACAAAAAAGGGAAACAGGAAGAGUCUCAUAUCUUCUAAGUGCAUUAUCUGAUUUAGAUCAAAUUAGUGUUGUAUGUUUGGGGGCUAUGUUGCACCCCCUUAAAUGAGUGUGCCCACUACACAUUACUUCACUACAAUUAAUUAAUGGCUAAUAAGGAUAACAACAUAUAUCUCUUAUCUUCUUCAUGCAUUAUAUAACCAAAUAUGAGCUGUAGGUUUGGAAAUGGAAGCUGUUGUAAAGCCUUAGACCUGGGCUUAACCUAACAGAUCAGCACAAAACAAGUUACUCUACAGGACUUGCUUCACUAUGCAUUGUUUUCAUACACAGACCGGAUGGCGAUGGCACCGUAGUGCUUGGGCCCGUCAUCACUGCUUGCAGCUAUAUUUGAAUUAUGAAAUUUUAGUUUUACUUCUCUUUAUUUUAACCUUACCUCAAUUUUGUCCCAGUUAGAAUUUUGUCUUUUUGGAUUUCAUCUAAGCUUUUAUCAUAGUUUUGGUUUUUAAGUUUUACUGUGUUCUAUCCCUUUUUGGGUUUAAAUUGUUAAAAUUCUGCUUAAUUUUGGUAUAUGUAUUUUAUCUUUGUUUACUUUAACUCUAUAUCAUUUCAUUUAGUGCUACAGAUUCACUCUUUGAAAAUAAUUUAGAUGAGAUGAGAUAAUCAGAAAUGUUUAUUCUGAUGUACCUUAUUUUAUGUGUGUCCGAAAAAACCAUUGUAAACUCGUUUUUUCCCCAAAAUCACAGAAUUUAAAUAGCGUAUUGUCAUUUCCUCAAGAAGCACAUGGGUGAAAGACUAGAUGGUAUGUCCUCUCACUUAUCCUAAAUAUUUGUUAAAAUGUCAACGUGUGGAUUAAUUGACUGUCAGUGUACACAAGUAUUAUUGCUUCAGAUUUUUACAAGAAAAUUUGACUAAAACUUACAUUUAUGAAAAUGAAUUUCUAAAGAUACGAUGUGCUCAGUAGUUUCUUGGCCUCCAUGUUGAAUAUAGGCUCAAAAUGGUAAAAAUGUCAACUAAGUUACCCGUCAACUGUGUUACUGAGUAAAGGUAACAUAGUGGACAAUAGGUAACAUAGAUGACAUUUUAUGCACAUGUUCCUACAGAUAUCAAGAGUUUUUACAAAUGUUCAAUUUGUGAAGUACACUAUUUGUAAGAUAAAAUUUAAGGGAGUUACCCAACACUAGCUGAGCAGUCAUGUCGAAGAUUUUGAAAUUGUAUGAAGGCCAUUAAAUGGAAUAUAACUUUCUUGUCACAUGAUUUCUUCACCAAAUUUGGCUAACAUCAUCUUGAGACCUGUCUAAACAAAGGAACUUUGAUAUUCAAAACCGUUCUCCCACAAAGGACUGGCAAAUGCAUCAAACAGGAUGAUAGGCUGUAUCUCAGUAAGAUAUUUGCAUAUUGUAAUGAGACUUGAUCUUCAGGACCUCACCCUAAUGUCGCCAAAAAGUUUAAUGACUGCGACACCUGUGGUCAAAAACUGUGACAUUUUCCAUAACUUUCCAAAUUUAAUUUUAACAACUUGUGCUAAAUUCACAGUUCUACAUUCCUAGUUCUACAUUCCUAUGAUUCCAUAGGGUAAGCUGAAGUGAAUGUUCAUCAGCAUCUGAAUUUCAAGAGUACCUUCUGUUUGCCAAUUUGAAAUUCAUUGAAACUUUUUUCAUGUCUUCCAAAUGUAGUCAAACAAUUUUUUUUUUCUUCAUAUUUUAUAUACUUGAAUCCUUUUGCCUAAAGUUAUGGUUCUGCUUUCCUGUGAUUGCUUAGGCAACGAUUGUUGUGUGUUUGUGAAUGUGUGGCUCACCAAGUCUGGGUGCUUGGCCCCCAAAAUGCUGCUUGCAGAUUUUAUUAUUAUUAUUAUUAUUAUUAUUAUUAUUAUUAUUAGGCAUCCAAGGGGUGCUGCAUCUAUGUGCUAAUCUGAAAGUGGAUUUUUGAUGAUGACCUAAUAAAAAAAAUUUAAAAAACAUGGCUGCAAUCAGCUUUCAGCAGGCAUUUGACAGGGUUAACAUUGAGCUAUCGUCAUGAAAUUUGAAUGGAAGGUUCAUGUAGUGACUCAUUAGUAACUGAUGCAAUCUCACUCAAAUUGGUCACUGGGGCUGCUAUUCACAUUUUUGCACACAAAAACAAGCAUAUCUCUUGGAAAAUGAGGUGUACAGUGUUCUUCUUCAGCUAAUUUGCAGGACAGUCAUGAGUCAGCAGGGUAAACAGCAGCGGAAUGAGCACAGAGCCCUGGGGAGCGCCGAUGUUCAUUGUGGUGGUGCUAGAGAUGGAGUUGCCGAUCCUGACAGACUGGGGUCUCCCAGUCAAAAAGGCAUGAAUCAAGUUGCAGAGGGAGGUUGUCAGACCCAGCAUACUUAGCUUUGUUAACAGAUUCUGUAGGAUGAUUGUGUUGAAUGCUGAACUGAAGUCUAUGAACAGCAUCCUUACAUAGUUGUCCUUUUUGUCCAGAUUGGUCAGAGAAAGGUGGAUGGUAGCAGCUAUGGCAUCCUCUGUUGAGUACUUGGGAUGGUAUGCGUACUGAGAUGGGUCCAGUGUGUUUAAUGAAUAGCAGCUCGAAGCACUUCAUAAUGAUAGGUGUUAGUGCAUCCAGCCAGUAGUCAUUCAAGCAGGACACAGAUGAUUUCUUUGGCACAGGGAUGGUGGUUGUCUUCACAUUCACAGGAACAACUGCUUGGCUCAGGGAAAUGUUGAAGAUGUCUGUGGAAACAGCUGCAAGCUGAUCAGCAUAUUCCCUUUGCACCCAGCCAUGUAUGUUGCCAGGACCUGCAGCUUUCCGUGGGUUAACACUAGACAGACCAACAGUCUGAGUUUUGUCACCAUAAACAAACUCUCAAAACUCAGAAAAUAUUCACCAAAAUGUUUACCUACUUACAUUUUUCAUGUAAGGAGAUUUUGCUGGCAGAUUGCCUGGGAAUUAUUUGAAUGGCUGUUUAAAAAUGUGUGAACAUUUAAUAAAGGCCAAAGCUGAUGGUGCCAGAUUUUGAAUGCAUGUGAAUGGGACUGGUGACAUGCCCUAGUGCCAAACAAGUACUCAUAAGUUGAAAAAUAUAUUUUUAAAUGAUUAGAUAUUUAGAGGUUCUUGAAAGGGGGAGUAGUUCAACAAUAUAAAGCUUGAAUUGCAUUUCUAGGUGAAAGUAUAAUACUUUGUUGAAACAGUGAAGUUAGACAGUUUACUCUGAAAGCUAGAGUGGUGGUAACAUCACCCACUCUAGCUUUUCCUCAUUAAAAUGAAUGGGGGAAGAAAGAAGGAUGGAUAGAAAGUUUAGAACAGUUUUUUCAAUGUAUUCCUAUGGGGAAAAAUGCUGUUCGGAACAUUGCUACAUGCCAACUGUAAUGUUGAUCCUUCCAGAAAGCACAUGCACAUUAUUGCCAUAUAGGAUCUACAAUCCUGACAAAUUUCGUGGCACUAUACAUCAAAAAUUGCGACCCAGGAAGUUUAUGAAGAAUAGAGUGUUGGCUCUUUCAAACCAACACAAUUAGGGUAAAUGAAAAUGGAAAUUUUUUUUAUCACUUAGAAUAUAAUAAAUUAGAAUAGAAUAGAGUUUUAUCAGAAUGCAAACUAAUAAAUUAUAAUUUAUUUAUUAAAUAAUUUAUUUCUUAUAGAAAGAGGUCAUCUUUGGUCAUGGCACCACAAACCAAACUUUUAUGCAGAACACAUACACUGAUUUUGAAAGUAAAGUAAUUGGAUUUAAAAGUUACAUAGUUACAAUUCUUCUAUUUAACAGAUUAUUAGGCUGCAUGUAAAUGACCAGUCAGAAUAGAGUAAACCAAAUGUGGACAAUCUGAAUGAAAUUUUAAUAUGUUUGAAAAAGGAGAGGGCAAUUUUUUUUUUAUAAUCAGUUAAACAAAGGUUUAUUCACCAAGUCAACCUCUGUAUCAAAUUCUUUUCACCAGCCCAAACCGUAGGUCCUACAGAUAUGAAACAUGGUCAGUAUGUAGUACGCCCUCCCGCUACUCACCCAAGAGAGAUGAACCCGUUCGGCCUAAUGGUGGUGCUAUAGCGGAGCAUUUUACAUUUUGGCUCCUAACUCGAAUACCGUAUAUCUUACAAUGAAAAUUCUUUUUGCUUUUUUGUCUCCAGAAGGAAAAAAGAAACCUUAAGAACAAUUUAGCUCUGCCCACUUAGAUUUUUAGUCAUGAGUAAGUCAUGAGUGCUUACGUGGAUUUUCAUGAAACUUGGCAAUGUACAGGACAAGAUUCUGAGGUCCUGGGCAAAUUUUGGGGCAUGGUAAUACAAAGGUGGGGGAACUAAAGUCACAUAGCUGAUUGAGCUGAAAUUUGGUGUGGUGCAUCUAUGUGCUAAUCUGUAAGUGGAUGGUUUAAUAAAGAUCUAAUUACUUU